UAUUAUUUUCCACUCAGUUUCUCGCAGUUUAAAAUGGCGGCGUUGAGCAGCGCCGAGUCUCCACCGCCCGUCUUCAAUGGAGACGCCAUGGACCGAGAUCCGGAGCGGGAUUCGGGACUGGCCGAGCUGGGCGCGGGGCUCGAACCCAUCGGUUCUGGAGGGAUCCCCGGGGGACACCAGGACAUUCCUGAGGAGGUAUGGAACAUCAAACAGAUGAUAAAAUUAACACAGGAGCACUUAGAAGCACUGCUUGACAAGUUUGGAGGAGAACAUAACCCCCCAUCAAUAUACUUGGAGGCCUAUGAAGAGUACACCAGUAAGCUGGACGCCCUACAACAGAGAGAACAGCAGCUACUGGAGGCCAUAGGGAAUGGCACAGAGUUCUCUUGCUCUUCUCCAACACCCAGCCUCUUGGAUGUCAAGCUCCCCGGUGGCCAGGGAUUUCCUGUGGCACCUACCACACUCGCUGUCCUGCAGACCCCCACAGAUGCUUCCCGCAAUAACCCCAAAUCACCUCAGAAACCGAUUGUCCGGGUCUUCUUGCCCAACAAGCAGAGAACUGUGGUCCCAGCCCGCUGUGGCAUGACAGUGCGAGACUCUCUGAAGAAAGCCCUGAUGAUGAGAGGCUUAAUUCCAGAGUGCUGUGCAGUGUACAGAAUACAAGACGGAGAAAAGAAACCAAUUGGCUGGGACACCGAUAUUUCCUGGCUGACCGGGGAAGAGCUACAUGUAGAGGUUUUAGAAAAUGUUCCACUGACAACACACAACUUUGUGCGCAAGACCUUCUUCACCCUGGCUUUCUGCGAUUUCUGCCGAAAGCUCCUGUUCCAGGGUUUCCGCUGUCAGACCUGUGGGUACAAGUUUCACCAGCGCUGCAGCACAGAAGUGCCUCUCAUGUGUGUCAACUAUGACCAGCUGGACCUACUGCUUGUGUCCAAGUUUUUCGAACACCACCCGAUCACCCAGGAAGAGGUGUCCUCAGAAGGAACCACACCAGUGUCUGAAGUCGGUCCGUCCCUCCCUCCUUCAGAAUCCAGCGGGUCUCUCUGCCACCCUGCUGCCUCCCCUUCAAAAUCCAUCCCCAUUCCUCAGACUUUCCGUCCAGGAGACGAAGACCAUCGGAACCAGUUUGGCCAGAGAGACCGGUCAUCUUCUGCUCCCAAUGUCCACAUUAACACCAUCGAACCUGUUAACAUUGAUGAGUUAAUUAGAGAUCAAGGCUUACAGAGAUCAGAUGGAGCCCCAUUGACCCAACCAGCUCGCUGCUUGAGGAAGUAUCGAACCCGGACCUCAAGCCCCCUCCUAUACUCCUACCCCAAUGACAUUGUGUUUGAUUUUGAGCCUGGUCCUGUGUUUCGAGGGUCCACCACGGGACUCUCGGCCACUCCCCCGGCCUCUCUCCCAGGCUCUUUGACGAAUGUGAAAGCGCCACAGAAAUCGCCCGGUCAGCAGAGGGAGCGCAAGUCCUCCUCGUCUUCUGAAGAUCGCAAUAAAAUGAAAACCCUGGGUCGACGGGACUCCAGUGAUGACUGGGAGAUCCCCGAGGGGCAGAUCACUCUGGGUCAGCGGAUAGGCUCCGGCUCUUUUGGAACUGUCUAUAAGGGAAAGUGGCACGGGGAUGUGGCUGUGAAGAUGUUGAAUGUGACUGCUCCCACUCCUCAGCAGUUGCAGGCUUUCAAGAAUGAAGUGGGAGUUCUGAGAAAAACACGGCACGUGAACAUCCUGCUCUUCAUGGGCUACACCACCAAGCCUCAGCUUGCCAUUGUGACGCAGUGGUGCGAGGGCUCCAGCCUCUACCACCACCUGCACAUCAUUGAGACCAAGUUUGAGAUGAUCAAACUGAUUGACAUUGCACGGCAGACGGCACAAGGAAUGGACUAUUUGCACGCUAAGUCCAUUAUUCAUAGAGACCUAAAGAGCAACAACAUUUUCCUCCAUGAAGAUCUGACAGUAAAGAUUGGUGAUUUCGGGCUGGCUACUGUGAAGUCACGGUGGAGUGGUUCACACCAGUUCGAGCAGCUGUCUGGGUCAAUCCUCUGGAUGGCACCAGAAGUGAUCCGCCUGCAGGACAAGAAUCCAUACAGUUUCCAGUCCGAUGUUUAUGCCUUUGGCAUUGUGCUUUACGAGCUCAUGACGGGACAGCUGCCCUACUCCAAUAUCAACAAUAGAGACCAGAUUAUUUUCAUGGUGGGGAGAGGCUACUUGUCACCAGACCUCAGUAAGGUACGUAGUAAUUGUCCAAAGGCAAUGAAGAGGCUGAUGGCAGACUGCUUAAAGAAGAAGAGAGAGGAGAGGCCUCUAUUCCCACAGAUUCUAGCCUCUAUAGAGCUCCUGGCUCGCUCCUUGCCCAAAAUCCAUCGCAGCGCCUCUGAGCCCUCCUUGAACCGGGCUGGCUUCCAGACUGAGGACUUUAGCCUAUAUGCCUGUGCCUCGCCUAAGACGCCCAUUCAGGCUGGGGGCUAUGGAGAGUUCACAGCAUUUAAGUAGCAGAUCAGAUUCCACCAGUACAUCACUUGUCACUUUUUAAAAGUCUUGUGUUCCUACAGUGGGUUCAUCCAUUUAAAAAUUAGUUACAGGAAUGUGCUUUUUUCCUCUCAAUCUGAAGAACAACAACUGUGCUUAGCAAAGCAAACAAUCUUAACUUCUGACGAAAAAAUCACAGCUAUAGAAACGAUUUAAAAAAAAAAGCUAAAGUAACAUAACGCAAAAAUGACGACGCUAAACAACACAAACAACGUAAAAGAAGUUGUGGAAACCCCAUAGGAGACAGAAAUCCACGCAGAUGGUCUCCCUUCGGAAAACCUGAAACCAGAAAGGAGGGAAGAAGGGAGGAGGAAACCGGAAAGGAAGGAUGGAGUGCAGCUGUGGCAGAGGAGCUGCCACACCUUGGCCUCCCCAGGGACUGGGCGAGGUGGGAUACAGAACGGGAUCUGCACUUUGUCACGAGGCACUGGAGGGUGAUAAAUGGAGUAGCCAGCGCCGGCUGCUGAUUGGCUGGAAUUGGCUGGCAGGCCUGCAUCACAUCCAAUCCCUGCGCGGCGCUGGUGGACACAGGGUCAGCCCUGCUUAAAGAUGACUUGAAUGAUUUUUUUUUUGUCUUUUUUUGUUUUUGUCGUGUGGGGACUGGUCUUAAGGGGGAAGGGCUGGCGUUUUGCGUUUUUCGCUUGUCUUGUGCUCGGAAGGGAACCGAUGUCGUUGAAAACUUUAUUGGAGAGAGUCGGUGGUGGGAUGGGGGGGAAGCGGGGAAUUCCUAGUACAUUCCUCUCGAGUUUAACCUGCUGGGCUUCUCCAUGAUGCCCUUGAGAAGCUACUUAAGAGAUUUAACAAACGUGGUUGAGGUGAACCCAUUUCUGCUUCAUCUGUCAGGCUUUCCAGCACACGUGGACACCUUUUUAUGUUGAAUACACCUAACACUCCCAUAGAUUUCCUGGAUUCCCUUGUACCCUUGAACCCUGGCUGAAACAGUGAGGGUAGUGGAGGAUAACAGUGUUCUUGGGAAUAUAUGUCCACAUUUUCUGCUCCAAUUUCUGUAAAAACAGGGUAAUUGAAAAGAGUGACAGAAAAUGGAUGGACAUGUGAAGAGUUAGUGAUCCCAGGGUUUAGGUGUCACUUUUAAACCAGAAAAACCAGGUUAAAGGAGUGAAAUGACUUUAUAGGAUGCCUUGGCUACCUAACAAGCCUCAAUUCCAGAAUUAUGAGAAAAAUACAUAUUGCCUUCUUAGGACAACUUACUGCAGCCGGUAGUGUUCGGAGGUAACAUGAAAGAACAUUUUCCUGUUGGCCAAGUGUUCUCCUGAAGUAAAUCUGACUGAGAUGU